ACCACCUAACACUAGGUGGGCUGUGAGAUCGUCCACAAACGUAGCAAAAAAAAAUUUUUUUUUUCUUAACUCAUGAAUAUUGAUUGGAGGUGUUGCGUGGGAAGUCGUUUCUUUAACUCGCACAAGUCGAUAUCACGAUCCUGGUUAUAUCUGCCACACAGCAGUCAUCAGUUCCCAUUUGAAGGAUGGAAUUACUAUUAAUGUACAGUAACAAUUUAGAAUUUGAGAGACCUGUGAGACCUCCUCAACCUGUGAGAGUUUGUUAACACUGGCCCUUAGGAAGACCAGAGCUUCGCAGAAUCUACCACCAGAUCGGAAUCAUAAACCACUAAGAAAAUCCGACGAGAAACUCAGUGGAUUGUAUCUCAAAUUUCAGAGAUGAGGAUGAGAAUGAUACCAUAAUGAUAGUGAUAAGUUUGUGUCGACAAGCCACAUUUGUUGAGCAUGCUACUCCAGUAAAAUGAUAGAAAUACUAAAAUGAUGCAUCACAGCAACGGCAGAGCGUUUACGACGUUAUUAAAAAUUCUAUUCGCCUAAUUUAAGGAAUCGAUUUGCCGUUUUUGCAUUUUUACAGCCAACGUCUACCGUUGAGUUCUCAAUGGUUUGCAUUUGUGAAUAUGUUUCACGUUUCUUGAUUUUUUUCGUCAUAAAUGACUUGGAUGGGCUGUGUGAAAGAGGAUAUGAGAGAGAAAGGUGUGAAUGCGAAGAUGACGUAUGAUCGGCAUGAAUGUAACAAAGACAAGAAGAUCUAGGUAUGAAGUAUUAAUACGCGACAUUUAUCUUUGUAAUUAAAGGUGCGUUUAAUUUGGAAUUAGACCCUCAGACACAGCUCACUGAGUUUCUCGGUGGUAGAUUCUGCGAAGCACGGCUCUUGCUAGGGUUCGUGUUAGCAACGUCAUCAGCUUUGAGCCCCGUGAGCUCACCUACUAGUCAAGGCGACGCUGAUAUAGCCUCUCAAGGCUAUCAGCUUAGGUAGGAAAAAAUAUAUUUGGAAUUAGUAUCAACAGUUAGAUGUUAUUAAUUGAACUUCAAUUAAGUUUGCUCCAUUGAAAUAGCUGAAGAACGAAAUUUUUGUUGUUAUGAUAUUUUUUCCAAAUUUUAAGCUUUCAAUGGCUCUCCUAUAAACAUGUCGCUUAAACCAAAUAGCCUUUCACCUCUCGAUAUGAUCCUUUAUGAUCCUAUAUGAUACUUUACUAAACUACGUAAUGCAAAACAAACCAAAAAUUUAGUAUUGAGUAAUUUCGAACGCAAGCGCGCGAAUACGAAUCUCGUGAAAUAUUUCGCAUGUUUUUUUUUUGUUAUACAUAUAUAAUUUUAUAUGGCUCAUAUUUUUUCGCACUAAACUUAGCAAAACAAACGAAAAUAUGAUCAAUCAACCAAAUUAACAUUGACUAGUUCGUGAAUUUUAACAAGUUAAAAAUUAGGAGUCGUAAAUUAUAUUACGUUCAAUGUAAAUUGUGUUUUAACAUUAAAGCCACGACGUAUUUCGUUUUUUUUUUCUUCCUAUAAAACACAUACCUACAAUGUAAUCGUUUAACUUUAUUGUCCCAAUUAAGGCUGUGCUAAAGAUGAUACCUGUUACUAUUCGCAAUAUUUACGAUAUCAGAUCGCCCUGGACACAUCAAAUUGGUUUACCGUAAUCAGCUAGAUAAAUUUUAUUUAUGAGUGUCAAUGGCACUUAGAUGUAUCAUCUCGACCUAGUGAUUUCCGAGUGGGGGUAAUCAUGUUUCUAGUAUAUAAACACGGAGAAAUGAAACACAAGCAUGCACAACCAUCGGGGGAAAGGUCCAUACAUCCUGCGGAGGAAGUAAACAGAAGAUGGUGUCCAAGUUUAUCGUGUUUGUUACCGCUUUGGCUUUGUGCCACGCCAAACCAUUCUUGAUCGCAGGACCUCAGCCAUACUAUGGCCGCAUUGAGAGCACCCCCAGCAUCGCUUACGGCUUUGGCAGUGGGUUCAGCAGCAACAUUGGCGGCAUAACUCACACUUCGGGCAUCGGACACUCUUUCCAAACCGGCAACGCCGAGGCCUACGGUGGCGGCUUCGCCAACAGCGACGGUCCAGCCUAUGCAAGUGGAAUCGGAAUCGCUAACACCGGAGUCCAGCCCCAGCAAUACUACAGAACGUACAACGUUCAGCCUGCGGUCUACCGUCCUGCCCCUACCUACACAAGCUACCAGCCCGCUAUUUACAACACAGGAUACUAUCGCGACCAGGGCUCAGCCAUUGCUUCAGCUCAAAAUUUGAACAACUACGGCACUUCCAUCGCUCAAAGCCAAUCCGGAUCCAGGCAAGGAUCAGCCGUGUCGACUGUCAGUAACUUAAGAGGUCUCGGUUAUGGAUCUGUAGCAUCAGCUACCGCUAACGACGGAUUUGGUACGGUCAUCUCCAGCGCUGACAGUCGCGGAACUGCUAUCUCGUCGGCUCAAACUCGUGACGGUCAAGGAGAUUACAGCAACGUAGUAUCGGCGGCACAAAACAUCGGGGGAUAUAGAGCCAGCACCGCUCAGAGCGUCCAGCAAAGCGGCGGGACCACCCAGCAGAGCGGCGCCAGCAGCAUCGACGGCCCCGGCAUCCAAGCCAGCCACACUCACUCCGUCAAAACGUUCUAAACGACGUAGCCCUAAAUGAUUUUAUUAAUUAAAAACCGAAGACAUCGGAGACGACUGUCGGUCACUUGUCUCCAUGUCUUUGUUGUAAUAGAAAAAUAAAAUAAAGACUGCAUUCAUGUACCGCAAA